AUGCAGAGGUCGGUGGCCCCACGUGGCUUCAUAAAGCGCUCUACCACACAGAAGAGAAGAAGAUGGGGAGGUUUGAGACGACAGUGGGAACUUCUGGGUUUAUUUGAGAUUGACCAGCACCACGAGUUCUACAGCCUGACAUGCAUGAUGAAGGAGGGGUUGGCUGCGUCAAUCCGAAACACCAUUGACCAUGCAACUACUAAUGAACUGCUGGAUGAUGAUUACACAGCAGAGUACACACAGAUUCAUAGGGGGUUUACCUUAGAGACAUUUGCUGGUCCGGUGUUUGCCAAUCUACGGGGAUCUUUAGGUGUGACGGAACAAGAGUAUCAGCAAUCACUCUGCUCCGACAAGUGUUACCUUCAGUUCAUCAGCAACUCCAAAAGCAAGGCUGACUUCUUCCUCACGAAUGAUAAACGCUUCUUUUUAAAGACCCAGAACGAUAGGGAAAUCCGAUUUCUUCUAGAUAACCUGAAGAACUACACGGACCACUUGAGGAAAUACCCUCAUUCUCUUUUGGUCAAGUUGUUAGGUGUUCACAGGAUCAAAAUUUCAUGCAGGCUAAAGAAAUACUUCAUUGUUAUGCAAAGUGUGUUUUACCCAGAUGAUCGAAUUAGCGCCAGGUACGAUAUUAAAGGUUGCGAAGUUAGUCGCUGGACGGAUCCUUCGCCAGAUGGAUGCCAGAUUAUUGUUGUCCUCAAAGACCUCAAUUUUGGAGGACAAUAUAUCACUCUAGACCAGCAGCGUUCCUGGCUCCUUCGGCAAAUGGAGAUAGACACAGAUUUUCUCCGAAGCCUCAACGUGUUGGAUUACAGUCUUCUCCUCGCGCAUCAGCCUUUACAACAAGAUGAACGUCACCAGGCGCUUUCAUUUGCUUCAUUAAUCAUGAGAACCAAGCGAUCUGUGAAUCCAAGCGCCACCCAGGGCUAUAGUAUCCCCUCCGUACCCGGGGCUGUCCCAGAGGAGAACCCCGCUUUUACAUCUGAAACAGAGGACGGGCAUCCCAAGAAGCCAGCACAAGCCGGAGAUGGCCACAGUCGGCGGCAUACCGCCGGCAGCGAAAGUGAAGAGCUUCAGGACUUUGAGGCCCAAAACAGACGUUUACUGCUGAAUUUAAAGAACGCUCUACACGUCAUUGAUGGACCUGAUCAACGCUACUUCAUUGGCAUCAUUGACAUUUUUACAGUUUACAGUUUAAAGAAGAGAUUGGAAUAUUGGUGGAAAAGACUGAGGCAUCCAGGCCGGUCCUUCUCAACGGUGAGCCCGCAAAUGUACUGCACUCGGCUUUGUCAGUGGGUACUGGACCAUACUAAGUAG